AUGGCAGAAUUGACAACUUUAACCGACAGCGUACUCAGUGGGAAGCAGGAGGAGGAGAAUGUGCAACACUCACCCGGUAAUGAUGCCAGGAUAAUAGAAGAAGAACGAUCAUGUGAGAAGAUUGCCCAACUGGCUGAUGAGAAUGCACGACUGAAGGUACGUCAAUCACAACUUCAAGAUCAACUGGAAGAGUUGAAACGUCAAGUAUUCGCAGAGAAAAGUGCGAGACAAACUCUUACUGCAGAGUUGGAAGAUGCAAAAGAACGUCUACAACGUUCAAAGGAUCAUCUUGAUCAACAAAAGAGAGACUACAAUGGACUUUCUUUGCAGUUGUGUACAGUGAAAGCAGAGCGAGAUGAACUUGAGGCGAAAGUGAAUGAGGUUUGGGAAAGUAUGGCUGUAUUGGAAGAGGUUGCACGAGGAAAAGAUGCCACUAAUCAAUCACUACGUGAAGCACUUGAUAAUGAGAAGAGGGAAAGGGCCGCACAAGAUGUACUUAUGAGCGCUAUGGUCACUCAGUUAGCUGGAUUAGAAGAGCGAACGGGGGUUGUCGCAGAAGCAGAGGAACGACAACGGCGAGUCUUUGAAGAAACACUGCGUAGUAUAAGUGAAGAGGCUCAACGGGUGGCACGCAAGUUAGAGAGUUUAUCAGAUUAUAAUUCUAUCGCAACAUUAGAACCUCAACGCAAGGCAUUACUCCUCUCAGAGAAUCCUUAUAAUGAUGGUACAUCCCUCCCUUCUAAUGCAGGUGUUGUUAGCAAUAGUGGUAGUCCAACAGAUGAUGGACUCAAUACUUCUGAUAUGGAUGGAGUAGAUCGAGAAGAAACACAGUUAAAAUCAGAUAUUCGUCUAUUGAAUCCCAUUCAUCAGGCAUUACGGCACUUGCGUCGUCAGAUUCAACAGGAACGUGAGGGGCGGUACAACAUGCAGCAGGAGCGAAGUGUACUGGAGACUCAUAUUAGAUCACUUAAGGAUGAGUUACGUCGUUUAGGGGAUGAUAAUGACGGUGUGCGGGAGAAACUUUUCAAGAGUGAAGCUCAAUGGGCACAUACUACAGAAACACUAGAAAGUAUCCGACAGGCGCGUGCAAAGGAGGCUGCAGAAUCUGCAGAUGCACGUCGCAGACUUGCUCUCUUGCUCCAUUCUCUGGAUGAUUGGUGUGUGAUUGAACAAAGAGUAUCAGAUCUUAUUCACGAUACGCGGCGACUACGUAGUGUUCUUGAAGAAAGUCGACGGAUGCACGAGACGUAUGUACUACGAAAAGAAGAAGAAAUGGACUCCUUAACAGAUAUGCAUCAACGUGAAUUAGAUGGACAACAACGACAAAUGGAGCAGAUUAGACAUGAAUGUGAACGUUAUAAACGAGCUGUAGGGGCAUCAUCUGGUCCUUUGGCUUUAAAUACUUCUACUGGUGUUAGUGUUAGUGAUAAUUCUGCUGCUGCUACUACUACUACUACUACUGGAAUUGGUAAUACUAGUAUAAUUCACAAUACUAGUUGUUCGCAUGGGGCUACAAUGACGGAGUUGCAGUUUGAACAUGAAACACUUAAAGUAAAGUAUUGUGAAGUUUUACAGUAUGUGGAGACUGAACUAGAACCACUUGCGAUGGAGCAAGCCAAAACCAUAGAGAAAGAAAGAAAACGUUUAGAAGAACUGCAACAGACAAAUGAUGUUUUGCGGCGUGAAGUGUCAUCUCUUAAUAAUUCACGCAAGGAAAGCAAUGGGAAAUUAACACUUUUCGAGGCCCUUGUUCUUACAGUCCGCGUACUCUCUGGUACCAUGGCGGAUAUUCGUGAAAUGGCACAGCAACGUACGGCCCUCACACGUUACAUACUCGCCUAUGAACAAAUGUUCGGUCCUUUAAAUGUUUGUGGGGAUUCCACACGUUCACGUGCUGUAAUGCGAUUCCGUAGGGUUGUUGUGGGUGUGUUAGCGGUUAACCGUCUCCUUAAGCUCUGUCGUCUCACGUCUUGUGUGAAUAGUCGUAACUGUAGGAGUUGUAGUGAUAUUAUUAUACCUGCAGAACGGCGACGUGGUGGUCGUAUUCGUUUACCAUUAGAAACAUAUUGUUUGGUACGAGAUGGCCUCACUCAAUUGCCACCUAUUAAAAGAGGUGGGGAUGGUUUAGAAUACCUAAAAGAUAGAGUUGGUAAGGGAAGAGGGGAUGACGUUAAUGAUAUUGUCUUUGUGAAUGAACAGGAUCUUCAGCUUCCUGUUUUGUCUCCGAAGGCAUCUUCUGAUACCUUAAGGAUUGAUGUGGUUUCGCAGUAUAGUUCUCUGCGAAACUUUAUAGACAGUUUACUAUCGUUUGUGACUGUUCCUUCAGUACAACAGUCGUUGUAUAGAGUGGAGGACCCACUCUGGCGUAGAUUGUCCAAUGGUCUGCGUGCACUGCAGAGGACAGCACGACCAAACCGGCAUUCCACUCAUAGUAGUGAACCCCACCGGUUAUUGCAUCUUCCGCCGCGUGUACCGGAGCGUGAGAGUAUCUCACCGGAAUAUGCAUUGCCGCGGUCAAACAUCACCCAUCCUGUUGUUAAUACUAAUAGUAAUGGUAGUGUUGCUAUUCCUAUUCCUGUUCCUGCUGCUGGUAGUGGUGGUGGGGCACAGCGGACAUCUCAUUAUAAUUCUGAAAGUGCUUUUGCCAAUCAAAAACGUCCAGCACGCGCAUUAUCAUAUUCCAUCGGCCGCACGCAUGAGAGUGAUGUCGAAAAAAACAGCAACGUGUACCCAACCCCGCAGCCUAUAGAUCACAGUAAAGAAACUCUCCAGAGUGUUGAAGAGGCUCUCCAACGUUCGCUGCUUCGAGACGCACUUGAUUGCAACAGUUCACAAGGAAGCCAAGUGGGAAAUGGCUUUGUUGCUGAGGUGUUGAGUGUUAUUCAGGCACUCGACCAACGUGUAAUGGGGGCGUUAGAACAUCGAUCGAAGGUUGAAGAGUGGCGACCGAGACGUUGA